AUGGCGUUUGUGGUAGUGUAUGUAGAUGAUGUUAUACUCACUGGGCAUGACCUUGAUGAGAUCAACUCCCUGAAGAAGUUCUUGGACCAAACCUUCAAGAUUAAAGACUUAGGGAUUUUGCAUUACUUCUUGGGACUGGAAGUGCUAUAUAAAGAAGAUGGGGUACUGAUUUCUCAAAGGAAGUUCACUAUGGACUUGCUAAAGGAGUAUGAUUGUUUGCAUCAAUCUUCAUUAUCCUCUCCUCUCGAUCCUUCACUUAAGUUGAAAGCUGACGAAGGUGUUCCAUUAAAAGAUCCCACUCAUUAUAGAAAGCUGGCUGGGAAGCUGAAUUUUAUUACCAAUACCAGGCUUGACAUAACAUUCAAUGUACAACAUCUCUGCCAAUACAUGCAGAAUCCUAGAGAUACUCACUUAAAAGCUUUGUAUCAUGUGUUGAGGUAUUUGAAAGGUGAUCCCAAUUUGGGGAUAUUUCUAUCUAGCAAUAAAAAUGUUAUAUGA